AUGGCGAACCACGACGACAAGCUCUCGACGACCUUCUCCGACGCGCCGCUCUCGGACCACGGCCAGAGGUGGUCCGCCUUGUGGGAGGAAAAGUACACGCCCUGGGACCGCGGCGGCCCUUCCCUCGCCCUCCUCGAUCUCCUGACGACCCGUCCUGACCUGGUCCCGCCGCCGCCGCAUCCCCCGACGGAACGGGAACGGUCCGGCGGCACCGGGCCGACGGCGCUGGUGCCGGGUUGCGGAAAGGGCCACGACGCUCUCCUCUUGGCCAACCUGGGCUAUGACGUCCUCGCCCUCGACUUCUCGCCCACGGCGAUCGCCGAAGCGAAGGAGAACCAGAGCGCCGUCGCGGCCGUGCUCGGAGCCGGGACGGCAGAGGCGGCGGGGGAGCUCGGCGACGUCUACAGAGUCCGUCACCCGAACGGCGCAGAGCCCGGCACCGUGACCUGGCUCUCGGGCGACUUCUUCUCCGACUCUUGGCUGGAAGCAUGGGGCCGCGAGAGGGCCUUCGACCUCAUCUUUGACUACACUUUCCUCUGCGCCCUCCCGCCGGCCGCCCGCCCCCUCUGGGCAGCCCGCAUGGCCGCCCUCCUCAGCCCCGCCGGCCGCCUCGUCUGCCUCGAGUUCCCCUCCGGCAAGCCGCUCUCCCUGCCGGGACCGCCGUGGGGCCUGACGCCCGAGGUCUACCUCGCGCUGCUCUCCCGCCCCGGCGAGCCCCUCGAGUUCUCCUCCUCGACGCAGGCCGGCCACGCCACCGACGUCGUCGUCGUCCCGCCCUUCCGCCAGGACGGCCUCAGGCGCCUCGAGCUCGUCAAGCCCGCCAGGACGCACAGGGCGGGCAUGAACGAGGACGGCACGGUGCGCGAUUGGAUCCACGUCUGGAGUCAUUGA